AUGAACCUUCUCCUAUCAUCGCAGCCGUCCGUCUUUCCUCACCAUCACGAAAGCCCGCGCCAGUCUCCUCAGCGAUCUCAAUCACCAUUCUACAACAUGGCCAACCGCAAACGAAAAGCCGAUGAGGACGGCGAUGGGGAUGAGAACAUGUCGCCCCUGAACUCUCCGGCGGUGCAGCCACGCAGCAUUGCCAGACCCUCGAAGAAAGUCCGAUCAAACGAUAUAACCGGUCGACCUCUCCACUUGCCUCGACUCCUCGAAACUCUCGACACCGCCCAGCUUCGCACUGUCCUCGAGAGAAUUUGCGAGUCGCACCCUCAGAUCGGCCACGAAGUCGUCACACAGGCCCCUCGGCCCUCCGUUGAUGCUGCUCUUGAAGUCUUGCGUCGAUACCAAGACAAGCUCAACGGCUCCAUCCCUUACGGAAACAGCAGCGCCGAAUAUACCUAUUAUCGUGUCAAGGAACCCUUGGUAGCCCUCAUCGAUGCUAUUGCCGACUUCACGCCACAGUUCUUGCCUCCGACCGAAACGCAGCCUACCAAAUCCUUGGAUUUCCUUGACCGAGCCACCAAGCUGAUUCAUGAACUGCCCGACUGGGAGCCUCAAGCAUACCGCCACCACAAAGAGUGCGCCUACGACGACAUCUCCAAAGCGUGGGCUCUUGUCAUCAACGAAGCUGGCAAGCGAGCCGGCGGGUUCAACCUCCACUCUGACGGCUGGGAUCAGGCCCUCAGCAGACACAAUGAGCAGUCUGGUGGCCGUUUGGCCGGAGCCAUCUCUGCCAUGACCAGUAGCGUCGGGUGGAUGGGUGCCAGCCCCGACCAAAACUCCAACGAUCAAAAUUCCAUCCUCAACCAGCUCAUGUCUGGCUCUUAUGGCUCACCUGUUCGGGUCGGACCCUGGUAA